ACCCUCGCCGCCCCGCCGCCGAACGCAUUGGCAGCAAUGGCAACCGCCACCGUGCUGAUCGACCUGAAGAUCGAGGAUCGCGCCGAGAGCGACACCGCGGCUAACGUGGCGAUCGGCCAGCAUUACAUGAUCGCUGGUCGGGUGUUCUGCUACAUGGCGGAUAUGGACUGUUGGCUCCCAGUGGUGACCCCGAUUGCGUUCAACCCUGUUACCAUGUCAUGGACUGUCGAGGUGGCCACCCUCAAACGGUCCAUCGUGACGGAGUUUUCGAGUUACCACGGCUCGAACAUCGAGGUGUACAAGGCGUACGGGCAGGAGCGCUUGGGUGAGCCGCUGUCCGACGCAACGCAUGUCUCUCUCGACUUGUGGCUGUUCGUGAACAAGGUUCCGCCGACCGUUGAGCCCGAGCCGAACAUGAACUUCAUGGCCUACCCCCCAGCGGCGAUCAGUAAGAUCCAUGCGCACGUCUUCUUGCACGAGAGGAAGGAGUGGAGGUGCGUCGAGCUGCCCAAUCGCGAGGGCCCGACGCGGGGCCGCAACUACUCGACGGUCAAGAUGCUCAAGCUCGCGGCGCUCAAGUCCUUCGACUACACGUUCGAUUCGACGGACGCCCGCUUUGGCGACAUCUGCAUCUACUCGAACGACUCGGGAAACGCAGUGGGCUCUGCCUUGCAGAACAACAUGCGCAUCAAGGACCACGCGUGGUACAGCAUGACGUUGACCGCCGAGACGAACCACGACGCCCUCGACCGUGCCCCGACCUCGCCAGACGGAGACGACUGGACUUCGUGGGAGCAGCUUGAGUCUGUCAAUGGAGAUUUGCAGUGA